AUGGCGAGCCUUGCCGCUGCACCCCAUCUCAUCGUCGCAGGAGCACCUUCCCUCUCCGCCUCCUCCCCCGCGCGCUCCCUCUCCUCCGCCGCCCGCCACGCCUCCUUCCCCGCCACGCGCCUGCGCACGACUCAGCGGAGAACAGCAGCAACAGCGGCGGGUGUGUCCGUGCACGCGCACACGGAGCCGGCGCAAGCAGCAGUGGACCGUUCAACCUGCCCUCCGGUGAAGGCGGAGGUGCCGCUUAGCGCGCUCGAUGCGCUCGACCUCCGUGUGGGCGUCGUUGUGGACGCCAAGAUGGUGCCAGACGCGGAGAUGACGGCCAAGAGGGGCAAGCCCACUGACAGCCGCACACUGCUGCAGGUCAAGGUGGACGUGGGUGGGGAGGAGCGAGUGGUGGUGUCGCCGUGCCGGUAUGUGAUGGACGUGGAGGAUGCCGUGGGCAAGAAGGUGCUCAUUGUCGUCAACGUGCCUCCCACUGAGAUCAGUGGCAUUCGAAGCCACGGUGAGUCAGUGGUCUCUUGUGAGGAGGUUUUGCGAUGGGAGUGGCAGUGGCAGGAUGGCAGUGGUAAUGGCAGGAUGGCAGUGGUAAUGGCAGGAUGA